AUGGAGGACGAGCUGCGUUGUCCUGCCUGCAAACAGUUCUUCGGCAACCCCGUGUUGCUGCCCUGCUAUCACGCGCUCUGCCUCCUGUGCGCCGUAAAUCUGCAGCAGCCGGCUUCGAACAAUGCCGGCCAGAAUUCCCAAUCGGAGAAUGCGGAAAGCGUCGCCUCCGGCAGCUCCGGCGACUACCAGGAGAGCGACAAAUUGUCGAUCCUCAGCGAAACGGACAGCGGGGUGGUGUGCACCUCCAGGCCCAACAGCUACGUGGGCUCCCCCAACGGGCAGCUCUUCCCCACGGCACUGAGCCUCGCCUGUCCCGUUUGCAGCAAGGUGGUGUACUUCGACGAAAACGGCGCCCACAACCUGCCCAAGUACAGGGUGAUGCAGAACAUCGUCGACCGCUACGGCGAGCUGCGUAAUCUCACCCUCAAGUGUCAGAUGUGCGAGAACGAGCCGGCCAACGAGGCGACCGUGAUGUGUGAACAAUGUGAGGUGUUGUACUGUGAGUCCUGCCGCGAGUCCUGCCACCCGUCCAGAGGACCGUUGGCCAAGCACGUGUUGACCGAACCGAAACGCGGUCCCACCGGCAUCGCCAAGGCUAAGGAUGGGAAGUGUGCGGAACACGGCGAGGAGACGUUGAACAUGUUCUGUCUGGUUUGCAAGAUUGGUGUUUGUGCUGUUUGUUUGAUGGAUUCGCGGCACGCAUCGCACGACGUCCAGGCCCUGGCUAUGAUGUGCAAAUCGCAAAAGACUGAAUUAUCGCACAACUUGCAGCAAUUGUCGGAACGAGCCAGAUCGACUACGGAAUUCAUACAGCGUCUCAAAGGGAUGAGCGAUAAAGUUAACGAAAAUUGUGAGGAAUUCGAGGGAAUAGUGGCGGCGCAAUGCGACUCCCUCAUCCAGGCCAUACUACGUAGACGUGAUCAAUUGAUCGACUGCAUACGACAGGACAAGGAGCUGAGGAUGAGGGCUCUGAAAGAGCAGGUAGCCACGUGCACGUCCAGACUACAGCAAACCACAGCCCUACUGCAAUUUUGCAUCGAGGCCCUGAAAGAGACCGACAGCUCAGCUUUUCUACAGGUCGGAACCAUGCUGAUCGGAAGAGUGGCCAGCACGGACCAUUCGUGGCACAAGGAAUGGACAGCGCCGAGGGUGUCGCCGAACUUCGACCUCACUUUGGACGAUAAAUCGGUGCUGAAAGCGAUCGAACAGCUCAAUUUUAUCCAGAUGAAACCGCCCGCAGCACCGGCGAUCAUACCGGAAGAAUGCAGUGCGGAAAACAAUUCGGUGACUGUCGCGUGGCAACCGCCGCCUCAUAGUCACAUCGAGGGAUACGUCUUGGAGUUGGACGAUGGCAACGGUGGAGACUUUAGGGAGGUUUACUGCGGGGUCGAGACCAUAUGCACGGUGGACGGUCUGCACUUCCACUGCAUGUACAAUGCACGCGUUAAGGCCUUCAACAGCUCGGGCGAGGGUGAAUACAGCGAACUAAUUGGUCUCCAAACUGCUGAAGUGGCCUGGUUCACGUUUGACCAGAUCCUAUCAGGACCGGGGCUUCAGUACUCCGAGGACAGUUCACGCGUAACCGGCGAUGGUUGGGAGCACCGCGUCGCCUUGGGCAGCGUCGGCUUCAGCCGCGGCGUCCACUACUGGGAGUUCACCGUCGACCGUUUCGACGCCGACACCGAUCCGGCCUUCGGAAUCGCCCGCAUCGACGUUGCCAGAGACAAAAUGCUAGGCAAAGACGAAAAGGGCUGGGCCAUGUACAUAGACCGGCAGAGGUCGUGGUUCCAGCACGCUGGCGCCCACGAGCAGCGGGUGGAGGGCGGCAUCCACGCCGGCUCCACCAUCGGCGUACUGCUCGACCUAAACCAGCACUGUCUGUCAUACUUCGUGAACGACGAGCCACAGGGUAACGUCGCUUUCAAGAAUCUGUACGGAGUAUUCUAUCCGGCGGUCAGUCUAAAUCGGGGCGUCAGUGUGACCGUUCACACCGCCCUGGAUCCGCCCUCCGACUCGGAGGAGACUUAAGGCAAGACUGAUCGCGUGUUCCGUACUUAAUUGCAGUUGAAUUCUAAAUUGCACGUUGUUUAGGUGCCGGGUGGGCACAUGCUGUUGCACGUAACUGCAGGUGUUCACCUCGUACACAAAUUGGCUGUCUUAGGGUUUCAAAAUUCGAUUCCAUUUGUUUUGUGACUCGCUAAUUUUAGACUAAGCAUUUCAGUUUAUCAAUACGUAAUUGGGAACAAUUUAAACCUUAAAUAAAACAAUCUCGAAACAUUAAUGUUUUAUGUUUUUCAACUGGACAUCUGGAAAGCCAUUAUCAAUAAAACAACCAGCCAGUGCUAGAUGUAUUCUUUGAUGUUUGAUACACUGAAGAGUUUUUAAAAACUGACAAUA